CCAACUCUUCGCCUGCAGCUGCUUGCACCCCUCGCGUCGCUGCGCACCACCACUCUCUUUAUUCGGCUUGCAUACUUGUCGCCGGCAAUUUCCCGUCAUUUGAUUAUCGCUUGUCAUGCAUUGAGCUUGCAGAAGUUCUACACAUUUUGGCUCCCGUGAACGCGUCUUUCUGCCCCCCUCCACACCUCUAUCCACAUUUGACAUUCACCUGCAGCCUAAAUCUUCGCGUUUCUGUGAAACAUGGAUGAAGGCGCAUCUACUCGUCCGACAAACACCCCUGAAGAGUCAGGUGGCGCCGACGACAAUGCCCAGUCGGCCGCCGCCAAAAACGCGGCCUCGAAGGAUCGGAAAUGCCAGUACUGUGAUCAGGCAUUCACUUCGUCUUCGUUAGGGCGACAUUUGGAUCAGUUCCUGUUCAAAAAGAAGCCAGACGGAAUUCAUGAUGUGGAGGAGAUUCGGCGCAUACGGAGCAGCAUCACCCGACGACAGGCUCGCACCUCGUCCGGGAAACGGGACACUCCUGAACGAACAACCGGAAAAGGCCCGCUCGAUUCCUAUAACGGUGGUGAAUCGAGUGGUAAACAGAGAGAUAGUGGGAUUCGGAUGAUGUUCAACACUCCGACAUGGCAUGCGACCGGUGUCAUCAAUGAUAUUCCCAAUCCGAGUCAUCCCCAAGAACCCUCGAGUUCAUCCCGAUUGGGCUCCGCGCAGCCCAGGGCAAGCUCUCUGAACCUACCAGAAUACGGAAGCAGAGGUACUAGUGGCAGCAAUCCGGAUACCGUGAGAGCGUUGGAAUUGGCUUUGCAGGAGGUCCUCGACAACAUCAAGGCCGCCACAUCUAGGAUGCGUCCUCCGAUAUCACCAUUUGAAUUCGACAUUCAGUCGCAAACCUUCCCUUCGCUCUGUCUGCAGCUGCUUCCCCCUCCACCUAGUCUUUUCUCGUCGAAUCCAUUCCCUUCUUCAUCCUCUUUUCCUCUUCAACCUCCUGGUGUUGAGCAUGUCGAAAUCAUUCGACAAGCCCUGCGUGCCAAAAUCGAGCGAUGGCAAUCAGACCAACUUGCUGCCGAUUCAGGCAGAAACUCCCAGUCCGGGAGGGCCUGUGUUGGCCUGGAUUCCAACAUGAUCACUCGGAGUGCGCAACAACAUGAGGACAUCAGCCUGAGGCAUCUGGAGCUGGCAUUCAAACAUUGGGCUUCGCUUGCUCCAGAUGUUCGGCAGGAAUCCUGGCAGCUUGAAAUCACUCGAGCGUUUGCUAGGGAAAUGGAAAAACGGAAGUCACUCGAUGACCAGUUGGCACGGGUUCAGCAGGAGGCAAACCAGCUCCGCGCGCAAGUGGAACGACUUGGAUCAUGCCAAUGGCCACGAGAGUUUGCUCUCUUCCCACCGGAUACGCUGCCACUCCCUCGGGAGGUUGCCCGAGAAUUGGACGCGAAAGAAAGCCAAAUCAGCCCUGGCUCGCCCCACUGGGACUAUGACAACGUAGUAACCAAGUGGAAGCGUGUUGUGAUGCAUGAUAAGAGCAUGGGCCGAGUGGGUGUCGGAUAUGCGAACCCCAUGCACGACGAUCACAAUCCCUCGGACAAGCCCCGUGCCGGCGACGAGCAGCCUGCGAAUCAGCCUAAAUCAAGAUCUCUGCAGCCUCCCACGGCAAUGAGCCCGCCGGGUCCAUCGCCCUCUCAGACAGGCGGCACAUCUGCGUCUCCGAACCAACAUCCCUCUCCUUACCACCAGCAUGACGGCCAUGCGAGCCCCAGCGCGGGUCCCCAAGCCAAACGGCCUCGCCUGAUGAACGGCCACCAUCCAGCAAACACCACUGAAGGCGCCAGCUCCUCCACAAACCAAGGCCCCAGCGGCUCCUCGACCUCCUGGAACCCCCCGCAGAAUCUGAUGGUCUCGAAUCUCGCGGGCUCGUCGGGUCCCACGCCUCCCUCCUCCAUUUCGGGCACAUAAUCAUCGCAGCUCUAUUUGGGAUCACUUCUAUUCUUAAGCCAAUAAUUUCUCCAUGUCUCAAGCGGUUUCCGCUUUUUGUCUAGCUCAGUUUAGUAUCUGUCUACUGGACCCGAGCACAAGAAUGUGACCAGUACUUAGCUCUCUUCAUGUACAUAUAUAUACCUUUCUAACAGACCUUAUCAGCCAGCUAGUCGGCAUUAAAAACCAGACCCAG